CUCGUCAAAUCACAAAGCCUACCCCAAUAAACAUAAUCUAGAUACUACUUACCCUCCCCUUCAAGGACUGAUCGACGACACAAUGUGGUACCAUGUCGCUGAACCCAAUUCCUACCUCGUGAUAACGGGUGUAGGGAUUGACAAAGUACUCAUCAAGAAGAAGGCCUUCCUGUUCCCAUUCCAGAAAGUCUCCAAAAUAAGCAUUACACCUUUCGACUUCUCGAUGAACAUCCAAGCAAUGACAAUCGAAAAGUUGAAAUUCAGCCUUCCGGCAGUCUUCACCAUCGGCCCUCAAGACACUAGGGAGGCAUUGGAGAAAUAUGCCGUACUUCUGACAGGCGAAUCGGAUGGCAAAGCUACUCAACCUGCAUCCAAGGGCGCUGUCGCCGUUGCAGCUGGCCGCAAUCAUGUACAAGAUAUCGUCAAAGGUAUCAUAGAGGGAGAAACACGCAGUAUUGUUUCCACUAUGACUAUGGAAGAGCUCUUCCGUGAGCGCAAAGUCUUCAAGGACAAAGUCAUACAACAAGUACAAAGCGAAUUGGACCAGUUUGGACUUUGUUGCUAUAACAGCAACGUAAAAGAGCUUCAGGAUACGCCCGGCUCCGAAUACUUUGCCUUCUUGUCACGCAAAGCCCACGAGGGUGCCUUGAACCAAGCAAAGGUUGAUGUUGCUGAUGCACGCAUGCGUGGUGAGGUUGGUGAAGCAGAGAAGCAAGGAAAGACCAAGCAAGAGGUGGCAAAGAUCCAUGCUGCUACUGCAGUAUUGGAAACCGAAAGGAAAGGCGAGAAAGCUACUGCUGACGCCAAGUUGACCGAAAAGGAGAUCAGCAUCGAGAAGGAGCUUAACCUCGCCCGUAUCAAUGCUCAAAGAGAGGCGGAGGCUCGGGAUGCAGAGCUCAAUACCAAUGUAGAGAAGAAGAAGGCAGUCAUGGAACUCGAGCGCCUUCGAGCGACGACCGUGACACAGGCAAAAAUCGACAAGGAGUCAUCUCAAGAGAAGGCGGAUGCCGAACUGUAUGCUCAGGAGAAAGCAGCCGAGGGCCAGAAGUUUACACAGAUGGCAGAAGCCGAAGCAGCAGCUUUCCGGCUCCUGAAAGAUGCUGAAGCAAGCAACCAAGCCAAAGAGCGCGACGCAGAGGCUAACUUUUAUGCUGCCAAACGUGCUGCAGAGGCCAACUUCUUCAAACAGGAACGCGAGGCUGAAGCUCGAUUGAUCACUCAACAACGUGAGGCGGAGGGACUGUCUGCCAUGGCAAAGGCAUAUGGCGACAUGGCUGGCGUCCUCGGGGGCCCGCAAGGCCUAUUGCAGUACCUCAUGCUGCGGGACGGCACGUAUGAGUCACUUGCGCAAGCAAACGCGAAAGCUAUUCAGGGAUUGCAGCCUAAGAUCAAUGUUUGGAACACAGGUUCGCCAGGAGAUGGCACGGCAGACCCAGCAGCGCCGAUCAGGAAUUUAUUCCAGUCUCUCCCACCACUUCUCAGCACGAUUCAUGAUCAGACCGGGAUGCAGCCGCCCUCGUGGCUUGCCCAAAUGCCACAAGAGCAGCUGAACGGUCACAAUCCAAAGACCUUGACCUAAAGGAUAGCAACGACACUCGGAGAAAAGGUUUGCAAAUCAGCUGGCUAUCAACAUUUCCUUUGUUUGAUUUUUAGACAUGAUGUAUCUAUACCCACUUCAAUGUUUCUGUCAUCCGAUCUCGAAUAGUGUUGCUCAAACUCUCACUACUCCAUAAUCUGUGGACUAAGAGGAGUCGACUUAAUCUCUACAUCAAGAUUCUCAUCAAAGUACCUUAUGUACCUAUAGAAUGUGUUAUUAUGAUUUUCCCAGUCAUUUGCCCGUGCUUAUUUGCGAUAAAGCGAUACACGUUUGAAUAUGGUCCAUAUUGGGCCACUCAGAUCGUGUAGAUCCCGAGCGAAAGGUAUUGCCUAUCCUGACACCGCGGAGCCAGAACGCGAUCCCACAGAUCAAUUUGUACCCUCGCUUCUAGAUGUACAGUUCAAACUGUCUUCUUCCUAUGCCAACGUUUCCAAUAUCGAUUAAAGGUAGACAGGAGGCGUU